CUACUUUCUAUCCUCCAGACCCGUUGGUGCCCAUCUGGUGACCAGUCGCCGCCAUGAGUGGCCGUUGAUUCCCGCAUUCGCCUUGCAUCGAGCUUCUUUUACGCAUCUCCCCACGAGUCAUAAUACAUCGCUCGUUUACCACCCAGCGAUGUCCCGUUAGGCUGAACGUCAUUCGCUCACUCUCUCUCUUUAGGGUUGUUCUCUUGGUCCACACUGUCGCUACCUUCGCGGCGAUUGACGUGCGUCGACUGGGACUCAGCUCACCCAUCUACUUCCUCUCCAAGUCAUCAGUUCGCCGUUUGUCAUUCGGCGUUCAAUAGCUGCCAUUCGGCGUCGUAUGCUAUUCUGACACCUUAAGCGUUAAUACUCGUUUCUCGCUCGUUCGUCAGAUCUCCAUUCCGCACCACGUUUGUUUUCUAAGUCGUAUGCCUCCUCAUUCAUUCACGCGUUUUGGCGCUAGGUAAUGCAAAGCUCAUUGCAUCCAAACCCUAGCGAUUCCAGGGAGGAGAGCCCGAAGCGACAGCGUACCGACCCAGAACAGGUUUUUGUGGAUUCAAAAAAACCUAUCACUACCGACCCAGCACAAGCACCAGCUGCUGCAGCAGCAGCAGCAGUCGCGUCAGAAGCCCUAAUCGCCGGCUUCCCUCCUGUCCCACGCCAGCCGGCUCAUUCUAUCUUCGCUAUCGAAGCGUCCGAUAUAAGCGAUCUCGUUACAGAGAAACAUCUGGGUUCGGGAAUGUCAACCCCAACCAGGGGCGGUCCCCCCGCCCCUGGAUCCCACCCCGCUGGGAAUCACCAUCACAAUCAGCAUCAUGCUCAACAGCAGCACCAGCAGCACCAGCAGCAGUAUAGAGGCAGUGGAUCGCCGGGCGACAAGGACGAACUCUCGCGAAACUUUCCCGUCGACGACAUUGUGCAGCACCCGUUACCCGGUUACGUGUCGCCGUCCGCGAUCGCGUUCAGUCCCGACGACCAGAUGAUCUCGUACCUAUUUAGCGAGGAGGGCACGCUGACGAGGAAACUAUUCGCGUACGACUUAAAGACGUGCCAGCAGAAGCUGUUAGUAGCUCCACCUGGGGGCGGCGUGGACGAGGGGAAUUUGUCCAUGGAGGAGAAAUUAAGGCGCGAGCGGCAGCGCGAGCGCGGCUUGGGAAUCACGCGCUACGAUUGGUCGAAGAACGUCGCGGUUCCGCGGAUCAUGAUUCCGCUGCCAGAUGGCGUGUACGUGCAGGACGGCAUGGGCGCGGAGCUGCGCCUGCGCAUCCCGGGCGGGGCGUCCCCCAUCCUGGACCCGCAGGUCUCCCCGGACGGCUCCGCCAUCGCUUACGUCAGCGAUGACGAGAUCUUCGUCGUGUCCACCACCAGCGGGGAACCCAGGCAGCUGACGUUCGGAGCUAAAGAGGCAAACAGGGUCCAUGGCUUGGCAGAAUACAUCGCACAGGAGGAGAUGGAGCGACGCAGUGGCUUCUGGUGGUCGCACGACAGCUCUCACAUCGCAUUCACCCAGACGGACGCCUCUGCCGUGCCGCUCUUCCGCAUCCCCCACAGCACGCGCCCGCCCGUGGGGGCGGACUCAGAGGAGGAACACGCGUACCCCUUCGCAGGCCAGGCGAAUGUGAGCGUGAGGCUCGGGGUCGUUCCCGUGGCUGGCGGCGAGGUUCGGUGGAUGGACCUUCAUUGCGGCUUGGCAGGGAGCUUCCCUGACAAGAAGAAGCAAAGCGGCAGCGACGGUGAUGAUGGGAGAGGGGCGAAGGCAAGGGGUGGUGGUAUGCCGGCAGCAGAGGGCGAGACUGGGGCAGGUGAUAGCAGAAAGGAGGUCCCUACGGCCACACGGGAUGCUGGUGCUGGUGCUGGUGCUGGGCUGGGCGGGACCGAUGUGGACGACACAGGUACAGUGGAGCAGCAGCAGCAGCUGCAGCAGCGGACUGGGGUCGAAAGCAGUGACAGAACCAUGCUUGUUGAUGGCGCUACUAAUGGCACGACUGCCACUGCUGCCGUUACUGCCGCUGCUGAUACAGCUACUCAUAAUGCUCCUGCUGUUGAGGACGACGACGACGAGGAGUACUUAGCGCGGGUCUCCUGGCUCCCAGACGGCCGCCUCUCCGCCCAAGUGCAGAACCGCCGCCAGACGCGCCUGAAGCUGCUGCGCUUUGACCCCGCCACGGGCCACCGGGAGCUUGUGCUCACCGAGUCGAACCCCCUCUGGGUGAACCUGCACGACUGCUUCACUCCCUUAGUCAAAUCCGGGGGGGAGCUGCGCGGGGGGUUCGUGUGGGCGAGUGAGCGAACGGGGUUCCGGCACUUGUAUUUGUAUGCGGGGUCGGGCCGGUGCGUGGGGGCGGUGACGGCUGGGGAGUGGAUGGUGGAGCAGGUCGCGGGGCUGGACGAGUCGGCAGGGUUGAUCUACUUCACUGGGACCUUGGAUAGUGCUCUGGAGAGUCAUUUAUAUGUGACGAGGCUGUUUGGGGGCGUGGAGGGGGGUGGGAUUCCUACUGCUGUGAGGUCUGCGUUGACCCCAGACCAGCAGCAGCAGCAGCAGCAAGUGGUGCCAAUGGCUGUAGACCCAGGUUCCUUGUCUUUACCAGCCUCGACUGUGGGAAUGCACCCCACAACCACAUCAUCCCCAUCCGCAGCAGCAGCAGCAGCAGGAGCAGCAGCAGGAGCAGCAUCACCAGUUGCCGGCUCCCUCUCGUCACCACCACCACCACCAGCACCCACAGCAGCAUCCCUCCAACAACCCACCACCCUCUCCUCCUCCUCUCUGCCGCCCGCCCGCCCCGUGCGCCUGACGCAGGGCCCCGGGCGGCACCUGGUGGUGGUGGACCACAGCCUGCAGCGCUUCGUUGACCUCGUUGACUCGCUGGACUCGCCCCCCGCCGUGCGCCUCUGCUGCCUCUCCUCUGGGCGGGUUCUGGCGCCGAUUUUUCAGCAGCAGUCGCCCAACCCCAGGGUGCAGAGGUUGCAGCUGAGGGCGCCAGAGCUGGUGGAGGUGACAGCUGGUGAUGGCACGGUCUUGCAUGGGGCUAUCUACCGCCCCGACCCAGCUAUCUUCGGGCCGCCCCCCUACCGCACUGUUGUCAGCGUGUAUGGAGGGCCGCACGUGCAGACGGUGUGCCAGUCGUGGCUGUCCACAGUGGACAUGCGAGCGCAGUUUCUGCGCGCCAGGGGGCUGCUUGUGUGGAAGCUUGACAACCGGGGCAGCAGUCGCCGCGGGCUAGCCUUUGAAGGAGCCAUCAAGUGCAGCAUGGGCGGCAUUGACGCUGACGAUCAAGCGGCCGGCGUCCGUUGGCUUAUCCAGCAGGGCCUGGCUGACCCAAACCGGAUCGGAAUCUACGGGUGGAGCUACGGGGGGUACCUCUCAGCCAUGUGCCUGGCUCGGUACCCGAGCCUGUUCCGCUGCGCCAUUUCCGGAGCUCCGGUUACCGCGUGGGAUGGUUACGACACGCAUUACACAGAGCGUUACAUGGGCCUGCCUUCAGAGCAGCCCACUGCAUACGACCGGAGCUCUGUCAUGCGGCAUGUGGGUGGGAUCCGGGGGAGGCUGCUACUGGUGCAUGGGAUGAUUGAUGAAAAUGUUCAUUUCAGGCACACGGUUCGGCUGGUGCAGGCGCUGACUACGGCGGCUAAGCAGUACGAGCUGCUGCUUUUCCCGGAGGAAAGGCACAUGCCGAGGGGCCUUCGCGACCGCACUUAUAUGGAGGAGCGGAUCUACGAGUUUUUGAAUAGAAGUCUCUUGUGAGCAGUUGUGGCAGGGUGGAGGCUGUUGUAGGUGGCAAACUAGGGAGUGGCGUGCCUUCAAAUGUUAGAAAUAAUUUCACUUGAGCUUGAUUGUGUCCGCUUCUUGAUACACAUAGAAAGAUUGGUGCUGGAGAAGACCCCUUAAGAGCACAAAGGCCAUCUGAGGAGCAAGUUUGACAUACAGUAUAUAGGUUGUGUGAGACAUGUGAUUCUUGAAUGUUGUUAUGGA